AUGCUCCGACUUCAAAUCCCAAGUCCGCAUGUGCAUGAUCUUAGCUGCGUCAAUAUCUGGGAUCCGUUGAUGACCUUCUACCUCGAGUUCCCUUUGCUCGCAAUCAAAGACAAAUUUGAGUCCAUGGAGGAGGCACUUACUAGGAAUGACGGCCUGCAGUGUUUUGCAAAGAAGGGACACCAUCUACAGCUGCGUGACAUCCGUACGGGUGAUGCUAUCCAUCGGCGUGUACUACCUUUGCGCACGACCUCGGACCCUGCCGCUGUAAAGAAGGUUGACUAUAGGGGAGAGCCAUGCAUAAACAAAGUUCAUUUUGUCGUGCCUGCUCAGUACAUGUUUGAGCAAGACGAAAGUGAAGCGCCGGUCAACGUGGAGGAAUGGUUCAACUUUGCGUGCAAUGACAGCCUAGCACAACUGGCCACCAUGCGAAAGAGCACUUUGUUUCGUUGA